AAAUGAAAAAAUAGUUCCAAUGAAUAUUGCACAAUUUUUCAUGUUAUCGGCAUUCUUUAGUGUAGGCUUAUUUCCGAGCUGUAAUUAGGUCACCUGAGGAUGUAGUAAAAUAUACUAUGUCCGGUUUUCAGUGUACUGCUUAAGAAUUGUAUUAGCUGCUUCGCGGAGGGAUCUAUCAGUGGCGCUUAGCUCAACCGUGGAGGGUAAUUUGAAUGCCUUGUUGCUACACAAAGUUUUUAAGAAUAUUUGUUAGUUUUUUCGACCGUAUAUGAAUAUACAUUUAGGACAUUUUACAUAGGUUUUAAGUUGGACGCUUAAGAUGUCUACAUAUCAGGCAGUCACUAAAGUCCCAGUGGGGGAUCAGGAGAGCAUGUCUCCCGCACAGGAAGACGCUCCUGCUGGCAUGAAUGAAAUCUCGACUCCGUUAAACUUUUCUGAGCUGACGCCACGUCAGUUUGGCAUCUCUGUGGAGAGUUUUAUUCCAUCCUCAUCAAACUGUAAAGACAAAUCCCGCCUCGCACAGAUAAAGGCCUGGCGGAGAUCCAACGUCGGCGCCCGGGGCUCGCCGGAGACAAAUUCCCUCAUCCGCUUCAGGGCCCAGCAGAGGACGAAGACCCCGCCCGCCUCACACACCCCAGAGGGUGUCCCCCGGGUCGCCUCCACGCUGAGGCAAAAGAUGGCCUCCUUCCAGAUCCUGAUGGACGUGGCGGAGAGCGACGGCUGCGAUCCGACCCCAGCGCCGGGCGGCAACGCCGCAGGACGCUUCUCCACCAGAGAAUGUCCGUCUGAUGGGCUCAGCUGUAGUGAAGAGAAAGAGAACAACCCACCAGCUGCAGGCAGCAAACCCAGGCGGCCGGCCCCCCUGGACAGCUGCAGCGUGGAGAUUAGAGAGGGGAAUUUCUCUGGCCAUCACUCUAGUUUGAAGGAACAGGAGGACGCUUCCUGUAAACACCAAAGCUCAGGCCGACCUCCCUCUGACGACCCCUCAGCCGUUUCAGACUCCCAUCCCCUCCACAUCUCCUGUCUUCCUACUCUACUAGAGAUGAAAUCCCCAGUAAAUGCGGACGGGGCACUUGCAGUGAAGAAGAAGCAGGUGCGCUUCGGGGGUCCUUUAUCUCCCGAGCUCUUCGAUAAGAACUUGCCCCCCAGCACUCCGUUAAAGAAGGGGGGCACCCCAGCACUCCCGGCCACUCCCGGCGGGGGCCUGCAGCCGCGCUCGGUGCUGAAGACGCCGCAGAGGAGCGACUCAGAAGACCAGCUGGAGCUUCUCAGCCUCGCUGGGUUUGGUGCUUCUCCCACGUUCUCAAUGCCUGGCAAACACAGAGUGGCGCAGGAGAGAGAGGACGGCAAGGACAGAAAGAUUUUUUUCCCGGCCAUGGAGGAGAUGGACUCGGCUGUGUCGAGUGAAGCAGAUUGUCCUUUUAAUGCUCAGCCGUUAAAUUUAAACAUGGCUUUCCACGAGGAGUCACUCUCUCAACAUCUGCGAGAAUCCGACUCGGAACCGAACCGAACCCCUCAGACGGAUCAGUCAACGGCUGAGGAGAAUCAACUUGACGGCAACGCUGAAAGUCCGACUCCGAUCCAGUCCACAAACAGAAUCAGGGCAAAGAACAAAAAGUCGUCUGAAAGCGAGCCUCGAGCGCGGCCCGGCAAGCGAAAGAGAAAGGCCAACUGUCUGUUCCUCCAGCAGCCAGAGGACUGCGAACCCCGGAAGAGGUCGACACGAUCUGCUGCCAAGUCGGCCUGCAGGAAGAUGAAGGCCUGUGCACAGGUGGCCCCCUCAGCCGCCUGCCGCUGGAAUAAGGAGGUAGAUUACUCUCUGUACGGCUCACGCGCGUACGCUUCCAAGAACCCCACCCUGAGUCCCAUCACAGAGAGGCUGUCCUUCAUCCAGCGGUCUUCAGCUGGACAGCAGACCUUUGAGAGCCCCACAGCCACACAUCAAGGAUACGUCAUCAACCUUCAAAUGCCAAAUGUUACUCUACAUAGAGAGGAUUGCACAGAGGGAAACUUUACCAUUAAAUCUGUCAGCCUUCCUAGCUGUAGUCCAGGGAGGGACAACAGGCAGCCGAGGAUUACAGCCAAGAGAGGACGGAAGAAGAGAAAGGUCAGUGUUGCUGACUGCGAGGUGCUUCGGGAGGAAAUCACAGAGCAGCAAUUAGAAGUUGACGUUUCACAGGGAACUCCGUCGAUGCUCGCCAAGAGUGAGCAACGUGAAGCCGACCCUGAGGAGCCCUCUGUUGAUAUUCUCUGCACCGACUCAAGCAAAUCGGAAAACGACGCAAGUAUGUUGACACCGACUUCCAGCUACGCUCCUUUAGAUGAAGACUCCAGCAAAGCAGAACCAGCAAAAAAACAAGCUAAACGAGGCAGAAGGAGCUCAGCCCUGCUGGAACCACAUCAGGCAGGGGAGCACCAACCCGACUGCGAGGGGAAUGGGAAUCAGGAGGUGGAAGGGGGACCCAAUGUGGACCUCCCCCCUUGGCAGGCUGAUUUUAAUUUUGAGGACGUGUUCAAACCUGUCGCCACCAGAGGGCAGCGCACGGUACGCCGCAGUCUGAGGAACCAGGCGAACUCCGAGCACAUCAGCACCGGACUCACCUGGGUGCCUCACACCUCCCCCGAGUCAAUUAAAGAGACUCGCAGAAGGACGCGCCACAGACGGCUCAGCUCGGCGCUGCCUGUCCAACCGGCUCUGCCCGAGGAGACGCAGGACUCCUCAUCGAGUCAUCCGACACCAGGGAAGCUAUAAUUUCUACGACUCCGAUCCGUUUGUCUUGAAUCAAGUCGAUUUCUCUAAGGAGACUGAUUGUUGUACAUUAGUUGGAAAGCAUCGACAGUUUUGUUCCUUGUGAAUUAUUUGAUCUGGCUUCAGUUUCCCUUGAGUAACGAAGUCGGUCAAUACACUAAGAGCCCAAUGAUCUCUGCUGACCGCCUCCUGAUCAAUAUCACCCACUCAGCUGGUAAUCACAGUGCAUCUUCAGCCCCCCCUCUGUCCCACUCUGAAGUCACUGGAUCAAGCAUCUUCUAGUCAAUACCGACUAUGUGGACAGAUAAAGAUGACUUUACUGCUAAUAUGUGGGAUCUGUGAUUUUAUUUCUUUUAAACUGUAUUGCUCAAAUGUGAAACUGCUUUUUUUUUUUUUUUUAAAUCAUCUUGUGCUCUUGAUCCAGAAAGUGUCCAUAUGUAAAACAGUCCAGCUGCUUCUCUCCAUCUGUGUGUUCACAUCCAGUUCCAGUAAAGCAGUGUUUCCUCUCACUUACCGCCUCAGACCUCUUCCUCUUUAGCCGAACAAACUGCUUCGUAAAUGACUGUUCAGAUUUCCAUUUUCAAACUGGCCAAACGACUGGAGACGUAUUGACCCGUAACCUCGCCGACCGUCCGCCAGUUAUAGAUUCAAUUCAGCUGCUCGCCGCUUUCCCGAUCCAUCUAUCUGAGAAGAACAGAGGGAGCAGUAACAAAUUGAGUUUCAAAUUCAGUUCACAUCGGGAAAUUGGCUUCCCCCACAUCCUCCCGAAUGAUGCAUGACUGUAAUCUAUCCAUCAUGGGGUAAUUGACUACCUCCCUUUACAUCAAGUCAGUCACUUGGCUGAAGGACACUGGAGGUUUCUGGCUCCGCGGAGUAAGUGUGUGUGUGUGCCAAGGUCCCUUCUGUCCCUCCAUUGGAAGACGGAUGGACACAAUCAUGAGCCAUAAUGUGUGGUAUGUGGAUGCAAUGUAGCAACACUGCCAUCUUGUGGACAUUUUUGAUGAGUUGCACCCCAACUUAAACCACUAUAAAAUGUGUGCCAAAUACGUCUCAGGUGCUGAAUUUAUGUCAAGUUGAUGCGGAAUAACUUUUUUACUUAUAGUAUAUAAAAGGUUUUAACAUUUGUUGGCCUCGUGUUUGAAUCUCUCUCUCUUUUUGUCUCUAGUGGCCUUUAUUUUGCAGUAAUCCCACAGGAAAGGGGGAAAGACCUGCGGCAAAAGGAACCGAUGACGGGAGGCGAACUUCGUGGCCGCUUCGAGGUCCAUGGUCUCUGUAAACCGGGUUGCCACACGACGCCCCGAGUUUCAGUCAUUUUUAACUUUGAAAUUUAACGAAACUUUUCUAGUGUUGAAGUCUACAACCGAACUGCUGCACGUCUCAUACAAGUGGGUGUGUGUUGUCCGUCUGAGAGCGCGGGAGAGGGAGUGCGCGCACGCACGCGUGUGUGUGUGUGUAAGCACUGUGAAGCCCCCUCUCCCUGGCAGACGGGCAUAGUGAAGACGGCUUAACACCAGAACAAUGGGGUCCUUUGACCAAAAACGACGCCCCCAAGACAUGUGGCCUCCUGUCACCUUGGCAACCCCCCAUGGGAUGGAGAGUGGGGUGACAGCUGGAGGGGAGGACUUACAAAAAAAUGGAGUCUAUUUCUUCCCACUGAAUCUCUCCCGCUCUGUUUUUCUCUGCCUCCUCUCCCGGUCUUUCUGAACGCCGGGGCCCUCAUGAAUGUGGGUUACAUCUCACUUUACAACUUCAUGGGAUUGACCUCGUGGGGGGCUGGGGGGGUCACCAUCUAACUAGUUCAGGGAGAAAUCGAAAAAUAAAAGCCGACUAUAAAUCGGCUCUUUAUAGGCUCGGAUAAGAGGGCAAUUGACAAAUUUGGGGCGGCCCCGCGCCGCUUUGCACACUGUACACUUGAUUUUCCGCCUCAUUUUAAGCACCAAGUUACACGAGCCUCCUCAUUUAGAGACCCGUUUCAAUUAGUUAAUUAGUAACUGAAUGGUCUUAAGUUGUCUGGCCUUUCUGAGCUCGUUGCGGUGAGCCUCUAUUAUUGAUGCUAAGAGGCUAUUUCUCUAAGCUCAACGCCACUCUCCUGUGGAGUGAAAGGAGGAGGGCACCGAAACAAAGGCAAGAGACCCUCGAGCUCCACUCUGCUCUGCUGUCACAGUGAGUCUGUGUGCGCGCACAGCUGUGAUUGGUUUAGACCCGCUCCGGACAGCCGCCGCUGCAGCGAGGACAUAUACCCCCAAUAACAGCAGCGCAGUUCACUGAACUUUUCCCUUUUUGUUAGCUGCUGUUGUUGCACUCAAUCAAACAUUCCCUGGGUAUCUUCAAGUGGUACAUCAACUUUGUUUUUCUUUUUACUAAUAAAACUUUUAAAGAAGGUGCUCUAGUCGGAUUAGGCCAAAUUUGAAUUUAUUAUUCGCAUUAUGUUGCGUCUUAACUAAUGCCGCACAUCACCUGAACACACCAUCCCCCACUGAAUUUCAUUUAGGAGUAGCAGAGUUAUGACUGUCCUAUCCAUGCCACACUUUUUAGAUUUUUGUGUGGGAGGGGG